AUGACAGUUCCACCGUCAAGAAUGAAAAUCAACGAAGAAAACAUGCAAUUCUCCAAAAAAUCGUUUCGUGCUCCCUAUAAAGUGCAUUGUGUUGCAAUAUCUCCUGUAAAUGAUUUAAUUGCAAUCGGAUCUCGAAAAGGAGAUAUCACAUUGAAACGAGUUUCGUGGAAACAAAUCUGGAAAUUCAACAUCACACAAUCAUCGAUGCAUUUGUUGAAAAAGGCUGAUGAGAUUUUUUUGGAUUGUUUGGAAUUUUCGCCCGAUGGAGAGGUUUUGGCAGCAGGAACAAGUGAUGGACAUGUUAGUGUUAUUGAUGUGGAAACUGGAAGAUUUAAACAUUAUGCAAGGUUGGAAAAUUUUGAAAUUUGUAGAAUACUGAGGCUCUUUAUGCCUAAAAAAAUGGAAAAAAAAGUGAUUUCACGGUGAAAAAUCAUGAAUUCAUCUCUGAAAAUUUUAUGACUGUAAACCUAUAUCAAAAAUUGUAUUGCAGAGUUGGUGAAACACCUCCCCUCGAUCCAACACCUUCUGACAUCACAACUCCGCCUUCGAUUAUCACUCCGUCAUUUCUACGACUUCGUUGGUGUCCUUAUGGUCGACAUGAAUUCAUCGAAACAGGAAUGCGACAAUUCUGGAAUGAAGUCGAAAGGGAAGGGGAUUAUGAUGUUAAAGCUAGUGGAAAACGAGUUGAGGAAAAUAAGGCGACACUUUAUGAUCAAUGUAUGGAUUUGGUUGGAAGUAAACCCGAUGUUGCUAAAGAGGAUAUUGCUUUUGUUUAUCAAAUGUUGGAAGAGGUAGGGGUCUAAAAAUUAAGUCCUAAAGCUAACACUAACUUUUUUUCUUUUUAAAAUAAAAAUUAGGAGAUUUCGAUACCCUUUGACUCUUUUUUAGUCCAAUUUCCUGCAGGAUUCGUCCGAACUCAAAGCCGACGAAGGAUUCGAAGAUGCAAUUGAGAACACAUUUAUCUCAAAUCGAAAAUUCCGUGGAAGCUACAAAGAUACAAUUCUUCUUGCAGUUCGUGAUGAUUUCAUUAUCACUGUUUUAUUAGCCGGUGUUUAUCCAUAUGCUGAUAUUGAUAUGAAAAAACAAUGCCAACUUUUGAAAUUGGAGCCAGUUUUUGUCUAUGAUGCAUUUUAUUCGAGAAAUACCGGAGGAAUUACAGUCGCUUUUACGAGUAGUGGAGAAAGACCGACGUUUGAUAGAUCUGAGGUGAGUGAGAAUAUAGAUUUGAAUAUCUCAAAACCUUGCCCUUAAAAGCCACAUGUCAUUUAUUUUAAUUUUUUGCAGACAUUCGGAAAGCCUAUAACGUCUCCAAAUCCACCUAGUUUUCCAAAUGGAAUUCCAAAUCACACGCAUGUUAUUAAUUUCAAAUUAAAUAUCAAGGAAAUUCAUUGGGAUUUGGCGUUGAGGUGAGAUUUUUUGCCGUAAAUUUAAAAAGCGCAUUUUUUCUUCAGAUUUAUCCGUCUUGUUUAUGGUUUCUUCCUGCUAUUUAUCUCAUUCGAAACGUGCCGAAAAAACUGGAAGACACAAAUUGAAAUUUUGCACAACAGAUUUAAUACAAAAAUUCCGAAUUUGAAACUUGGCGAAGUGUUGAUCGAUAUGAUGUUGUCCGGAUCGACAGAAACAGCUGGUGAACAAUUUUUGGAACGUGGAAUGGGAAUGGAUGGAUUGGGAGAGAUUAAUGGUUUCAUUGAGAAACAUUUGACGUGAGUUGUUUUUUUUGAGCUGAAAAUAUGAAAAGAUCCCCAAAAUUUACAGAAUUUUGAGCUCAAAAAUGAUAUAUUUCGGUGCGGCAUUCUUAUUUUAACAAAUAGAAAAGCCACGUGGUAAAUUUUGACGAUAAAAUUUAAGGUUUACCUAUCUAGCGCUAAAAAUUGAGCAAUUUUCUCUCUCAGAAUUUUUCUCUAUAACCCGAAAAAAUAGGUUUAAAAAUAUUAUGAUUAAAUUUUUGAGAUAUCCGAUAAUAAUUUCGAAGCUCCAUCGAUUCUAAAUAUAAUAAAUAUCAACAAAAGAUCUUCAACAAUUCCUAAUUAAUGUUUUUUGCAGCCAAGUUGGUCGAAUUGCUCGCGGUCAACUUGUCACCGGUGUUCGAAAUUUGUCAUUUCAAGUCACCGAAUUUGUGAUGUGUGUAAAUCGAAUUUAUGACGAAGAACGCAUCGAAAACCACGCUACAGAACUUUUGACCAAAAAAUUCGAUGAUCCAACAAUUAAUCCAGAAGCUGUCAGAUUUCGAGAAAUGAAUCCGGCUGUUUUGAGAUUAGAAAGAGAUGCGGCAAGAUUGGAAUUGAAAAAUCAACAAUUACAAUUGGCUUGUUCGCUUAUGAUGUGAGUAUUUUUGGGAGGUUUUUUUCGGGAUGAAAAUUGUGAGAAUAAUAAACGAAAAUUCACCUGAAACCCUAAUAAUCGAUAAAUCAUGAUGUGUUUCAUUUACUUGAUUCUUCAUUCGUUUUUCGAAAUUUUGGAAUAUAAUAUUUUCACUGUUUCAAAAUUUACAUUAAUAUUUGGAAGUUGAAAAUAACUUGCUUCGACUUUUCACAGCCUGAAAUAAUUUUUGUCUAAAAAUUCAAAACAUUGAAUUAUUUAUUGGUAUAUAAAUUUUCACUGUUUCAAAAAAUGUUUUCAUUGUUUUUUUUUGCAGCCAAGAUCUUUCACAUCUAACAAAAUGGUUGGUAAUGCUCAAACCAUUUACACGUGGAAUUCGAGCAAAUAUGUUAUUGAGAAGUAAACGAAUGGAUAUCAAAACAAUUAUGACUUAUAUUACGGAGAAUUUUGUGACUGAACCAACUGUCAGAGAUAAUUUGAUGAAAACAAUGUUUAAUAUUGAGGAAUUGGUUGAGAAAAUCAAUAUGAAUGAUUUGAUGACUGAAUUUGAUGAAUUGAAAUAUUUUGAAGAUGCUAAAAAUGAUGCUGAACAUUUGCAUACGAUUUAUAAGGAUGAAUUGAAGGUUUGGAGAUUUUUGGGGAAAGGGGGAGAAGUGAAAAGCUGUCAGUUUUUCGAUUUUCCUUACAAAACCCUUCAUUUUUCCAGUCGCUUCGCCCUGAUUCACUGGAAUUCAAUAAAUCUGAAGAAAUGAUGAUGGAUAGUGCAGUUGAUAUGAAAGGAGGACCACAAGCAGAUGCUAGUCGACCACUGCCAACUGGACAUGAAUGUCCUAUUGAUUUGGAUAGGGUAUGUUUGGAGGGGGUGGUUUGGAAAAAUCAGGAAAGUGUCCAACGAUUUUUAUAAAAAUCAAUUUUUUGAAACGUAAAAUGUUCCAGAAUAUUUUUCAAAAAUAACUCAUCCAUUUUUUCUACAGGUUGGCUCAUUUUUCGCACAGGAGCUAUCUCCGAAAACUGCCAAAGAUCUACCAUUUCUUAGUCAAAUUUUAUUGGGUGUUGAUUCGGAUAAAUAUGAUAAAAAUGCGAGAGGAUUGCAUGCUGUUAGAACACUUGGGUAUGUUGUUUUUUGA